GGAACGGCACUUCGGCGCAAAAACCGUCUAUAAUCCUAUAUACGCAAAUUUCCAUUCGCGACGUCGGUAUCGCAGCGAACUCGGCGUCCUCGGUGAACAGUUUGAGCAGGCUCGCGUGUGAAUCGCUGGCGUUUCGCAACGGGUGGUGGUGGUGUAGAACUGUGUAGAUUGCAUAUGUGUGUAGAACCGUAAGCACGGAACCACGGGCAACCGCAAGUAGAAAACUUGGACAAAUCCUUGGAAAAGGUAGAAUCGCAGCUACCCGAAGAACAGACAGUUCACCCCUCGCCUCGAUCAUGCUCGCAGCAAGGCGCGCUUUAAUCUCCAGCACGAUCAAGGAUGUCUUCGCGAGGUCGAAGCAUUCACUUCCGGAUCUGCCGUACGACUACAAGGCUCUGGAACCGAUUAUAUCCAGCGAGAUCAUGGAGCUUCAUCAUUCCAAGCAUCAUGCUACCUACGUUAACAAUUUGAACGUAGCCGAGGAGAAAAUGCGGGAGGCAGUCGCAAAAGGCGACGUCAAUACACAAAUCGCCCUGGGCCCAGCUAUCAAGUUCAACGGCGGUGGUCAUCUUAAUCAUUCGAUCUUCUGGUGCAACCUCUCGCCCAAUGGUAGCAAUCCGGAUGCUGCCCUUGCGCAACAAAUCAGCAAAGACUUCGGCAGUUUAGAGGAAAUGAAGAAACGCUUGUCCGAGAUGACCGUGGCGAUUCAGGGCUCUGGCUGGGGUUGGCUCGGUUACGAUCAGAAAGCCAAGUCGCUGAGGCUAGCGACCUGUGCGAAUCAAGAUCCCCUGCAAGCCACGACCGGUCUCGUUCCUCUCUUCGGCAUCGACGUGUGGGAACACGCCUAUUAUUUGCAAUAUAAGAACGUGCGACCCGUUUACGUGCAAGCAAUCUUCGACAUCAUUAACUGGCAGGAUAUAAACGCACGCUUCAAAAGCGCCACUAGUUGUUAAGGGGGUUAAGUCUGUUUAGCAUUUAAGUCUGUUUUUCAGAUAUUGAAAUGUCGCUUAGAGUGACACUUUUACUAGGACCAAUAGAUAUCAUCGGGAACUUUUGACGCACUUAAUUCGCCUGUGAUUUCAUAUGCUUUUCUUUUUCUACGCUGUAUCCGAAGUGACUACAAUCGAAUGACGAGUAAAAUGUAAAAAGUACAAGAAUGUAAAGGUACACUUAUUUAGAACCUUAUCCUUAACAUAAAACGAAAGUCUGUUUUUAUCUUACAAUUAAUAGUGAUAAAUAAAAGAGACAUGCAGCUCCAAAA